AGACGCUGGCUGAUGGUCAGCCUGCACACGUUUGGUCCGGAGCUGACAGAGCACCUGGCGCAGCGUUGCCAGCUGGCGCCGUCCGGCCGGCCGGGCGUCGCCACUGUGCUUCAUCUGCUCCACCAGCUGAACGUCACCCUCUUCUACCUGGGCGCCGGCUACUACCACCUAGACAAGCGGCUGACUGGCAUACGAUACCUGCUGGUGCGGCCCUGGAUGGGGGACGCCCUCUCACGGCGCACAUUCCUGCUGCUGGGCCUGAUCUCGCUGCUGCACCUCUGCGUCUCUGGCGCGCUGCAGCUGCGCGGGAUCGCCGCCCCGGCCGCCGCCGCCGCCGCUGCGGAGAAGGCCGCUGCCGAGCCGGCGGCGGCGCCCGUGGAGCGCCGGCUGCAGUGUCCGCUCUGCCUGUCCCGCCGCACGGCUACGGCUGCCACGCCCUGUGGUCACCUCUUCUGCUGGAGCUGCGUCGUCGACUGGUUGCAGACCCAGCCUAGCUGCCCCGUCUGCCGCGAGGAGGCGCCACCGCACCGCCUCGUACCGCUGAUCGGCUACGACGAGUGAUAGGACUGGUCCUGGGGGUGGGCGGGGGGAAGGUGACAGGGCCGGUCCGAGGGCGACUGACGACUGACGGGGUCGGUCAGGGAAUGACUGACGAGUAGCGGGGCCGACCAGAGGACAACUGCGGAGUGAUGCGACCGGUCAGGAUGUGGCGGACCGGGUCCGGGCUGGAGCAGUCGCGGCCUGUGUGAGGCACCUGCUGCACGACAUCGUGAUCCGCUGGCUGUACCGGCAUCGACUCGUGCGGUGGCGUGAGUUGCACGAUUGCUGUGAACACGACGUCAACAACAUAAAUGCAGUACCGGUGUCAAGUUUCACGCUCAAUCCAUAGUGGACGGCGGCCGGCCGGCCAGGGGUACACAUCAGAACAUGUCUGUCGGGGUGAUCACGGCGCGCCAGAACUCCUCGAUCUUGCUAAACACGCAUGGUGGCGCGCCCAUGGCGUGUUCUGAGCAUUUGUCGUCUGUGAGCUGUGCACUGUCUGUCGCUUUUGGCCAGACGUAGACGGCGCGACUAUGGGCCAGGCCAGGCUGAACCCGGGAGGGCAUUCCUGGUCCGUUCAUCACACCUCCAGACAUGGAUGCGGGCGUGCAUGACGUAACUAGUGGGGAAGGGCGGUUAUGCUUGCGCUUCAUGUACUCAGGGUAAAGUGGGAGUCGACUUUAGAACCAGUCUGCUUUUUCUUGAGCGAGGGCGGUAUUGAUCUCAUUGGACAUCAAUGUGAGUAGGGUUCGGUGAUAGAAAUCAUCGACGGCUGGACUCAAAUAAACACAAGUAACAACGCA